AUGAAAGACGUGGUCGCCGGCGUCGCCAUCGCCGUCGGCGUAGCGCUGUGCAUCAUCCAGUGGGCGAUUUAUCGCUCGUGCUACACGAAAAAGCUCAUCAAGAGGAUUGGCACGUGGUCGGAUCCAGCCAUCGUCGCCGCCGCGCAGAAAGCCGCGCUCAAGCAUCCGAAACUCUCCAUAGUAUUCUAG